UGGCGCACGCGUGAAUCGUGUCCUUCACUAAAAUUAACGGGUCACCGGCGCGUCAUUCAAGUUCGGUUAUCACACGUUGCAAGAAAGAGCACUAAUGGCGAAUAACUAGAGCGAAUGCCGUGUAAUCUCGCACUGCUCUCGAUAGAAAAUAACUAUCGACUUUCCUACGCCAGUGACGAGUGUUGUACAAAUCGUUUGUGACUUGGCUCGUUAAAAAGCAACUGCCAGCAUAGCGCUGCCCGUCGGUGGUUUAUUGUAAACUUGUUGUAGAAUCUAAAUCUCUUUAAUUAUACCGAUGUACCGGCGUUUUCUCCGCUGGCAGGACGUUUACGUAUCGUUAGACUCACCAUAGAGGGGUAGCUAUAGUGGCAACAAAACUAGUCCUUCGAUCUUCGGAAAAAUGGCGCAAGCGACAUCAGAGGCAGUUAAGACCGCGGCGUUUAGUGAUCAAAAGCCGGGCACAAGCGGACUUCGAAAGCCCACAAAAGUCUUCAACAAGGACCACUACACCGAAAACUUUGUUCAAUCAAUUCUGUCUUCGUGUGGAGACUCGCUAAAAGGCAGUACCCUCGUCGUUGGAGGGGAUGGGCGCGAAUUUGUAAAGGAGGCUGCGCAGAUCAUCGUGAAGAUGUGCGCGGCCAACGAGGUGUCAAAAGUGAUCAUUGGAGUGGAUGGUAUCUUUUCGACGCCCGCAGUAUCAACAAUCAUCCGAAAAAUGAAAACGCUUGGUGGCAUCGUACUGACGGCCAGUCACAACCCUGGAGGUAUUGAUAAUGACUUUGGAAUCAAGUUCAAUACAGCAAACGGGGGCCCUGCUCCUGAUAAAGUUACUGAAAAAAUAUUUGAGAUUUCUAAAAGGAUUACAGAGUAUCGCAUAGCGAAAAACCUGACCGUGGACCUUAGCAAGGUUGCACAAUACAACUUUAAUGUUGAUGGUCGCGACUUCAGCGUAGACGUAAUUGACCCGGUCGAGAUCUACGUCGAACUUAUGAAAACCAUCUUCGAUUUCCCCGCCAUCAAAAAACUCCUCACAGGCGAUUUUAAAAUUUUGAUCAACUGCUUGAACGGAGUGACAGGCCCUUAUGCGCGACGCAUAUUCGUAGACGAACUAGGAGCACCAGCAGAUUCAGUCGUCAACGCAGUCCCUUUAGUCGACUUCGGAGGAAAACAUCCUGAUCCCAAUCUGGUGUAUGCUAAAGAGCUCGUCGACGCUAUGAUCAGCGGGCCCUACGAUUUCGGGGCGGCUUUUGACGGUGACGGUGACCGCAACAUGAUCCUUGGUAAGAAAGCGUGUUUCGUGUCACCUUCGGAUUCGCUAGCGUUGUUAGCCGAUCACGUAGAUACGUGUGUGCCGUAUUUCAAAAACAGUGGUGGAAUAAAAGGUGUUGCCCGAUCAAUGCCAACUGCUGGUGCCGUUGAUCGCGUGGCCCAAGAGAAGGGCAAACCCUGCUUCGAAGUACCAACAGGUUGGAAAUAUUUCGGAAAUUUGAUGGACGCCGGUCAUCUUUCUCUCUGCGGAGAAGAGUCAUUUGGUACCGGCAGCGAUCACAUACGAGAAAAAGAUGGAAUCUGGGCUGCUCUGGCUUGGCUGUCCGUCAUCGCACACACGGGCCAAGGUGUUGAAUCAUUGCUACAUUCCCAUUGGGCUAAGUAUGGUCGCAACUUUUUCACCCGCUACGACUACGAAAACUGUGCUUCCGAAGAUGUCAAUGCAAUGUUCGACCAUCUGAACAGGACCCUCAUCGACAACCCAGCCUUUGUCGGUAGCGAACUUUCGGCACUAGGUAAAACCUUCAAAGUGAAACUGGCUGACAACUUCUCGUACACCGAUCCAGUCGAUGGAAGUGUGGCUAAAAAUCAGGGCUUACGUAUACUGUUUGAGUGUGGGUCGCGCGUUGUGUUUCGCAUCUCUGGCACGGGCAGUACGGGGGCCACUGUUCGUCUAUACGGAGACGCUUAUGAGUCUGAUCUUGAAAAAUGUAAAGCACCAACCCAGGAAAUGCUGAAACCCCUGAUUCAGGUAGCGCUAGACAUUUCAAAACUGACUGCAUUUGUUAAACGUGAUGCGCCGAGCGUCAUCACAUAAACACGGACAGUCGAAGGACAAAGUUCCACCAAAUGAAAAGACCUUGAUGAUUCGUUCUACGAUGAAAUUUACAAUAAUCGAUGACAACUUUUGUGUCUCACGAAGCUCUCACAGUUUUUGUGUUUAUGCUUACUAAAUAAAGUAAACUUAACAUAGGCACUUAGAUCGAUUUUUCAUUUUAGGCAGCUGCUACUAUACUAGUCUAAUUAUAUUACCCAGAUCACAAAAAUCUGGUACUUUUAAAUAGGUAUUCAUUACCAACACCGUCAAGCGCGAGGAAAUAAGGUGGCGUAUGAUGAAAACACGUUAAUAAACUUAUUAAAUUAAUAAGUAGUGCCUCAAAGUGACCUUGUAAAUUUUGGCAUAGAUGAUUACAGUAAAAACAGCUUGUCUCUCUACGAGUACAAGCGUGGAUUAUACUACAGUAAUAGACCAAACGCCGAUGGCUAAUUAUCGACUAAAUCGUUGGAUGUACCUUUAUAGGUUUGUGCAGCUUAUUAGCUCGAUGAUUUUCCUAGUGCACCUUUUAUCCCUGAAGUGUGUUUAUUUUACCAUUUUACUCUAAUAAAAGAAAGCCUUUUUGGAUUCAACGGAGUCGCUGUGUGAGGAAUAGCAAAGGAAUAACUGCGAUAUACAUAGAGUCACUACUGAUAGAUUGAAGUCAUUCGUGCUAUCAUUAUC